AUGGCUCUGGGGAUCAGCGCCUAUGUGUGUUCUUGUUCUGCUCGGUGCUUUGGCAAGCGACCAGUUUACCUCUUUACGACGAUUUUGGUGCUCGCCGCGUGUUGCUGGGGUGCAGCAUCCAAGUCUUACACCUCGCUCCUUGCAUCGCGUGUGUUUCAAGGACUGGGUAUGGGGGGUUUCUUCGCCCUCGCUGGCACAGCUUCCAUAAAUGAUAUCUACAAUGUUGACGAGCGCGGCUGGCGCGUUGGCUUGUGGAAUUUCGCUGUUAUUGUUUCCGUUAACCUCACGCCCGUCAUCAGCGCCAACGUGAUUUCAGCGCUCUCCUGGCGCUGGGCUUUCUGGCUCCAGGCCAUCCAGUUUGCCGUCCUUCUUGCAGCCGUGAUCUUCUUCUUCCCCGAGACCACAUUUUGCUGUGAGAUCUCUGAGUGGGCUGCCGCCAGCGACAGCACCGAAUCUAUCCCCGUCAAACACAAUAACCCCCUUCUUAUCUUCAUCGAGCCCCUUGCAAUCGUGGUCGACCCUAUCGUCAUCUGGGCUAGCAUCAUGUGGUCUAUAACCUUCACCUGGACCAUCCUCCUCGGCGCUGUCGCAUCACAAAUCUUCACUGCACCACCCUACGACAUGUCCACCAUCGCUGUUGGUAAUCUUACUGGUAUUGCGCCUUUGAUUGGUUCGGCGCUGGGUACUGUGAUUGGGGGCCUGCUGUGCGAUCUCAGCAGCAAGCUCAUGGCUGCCAAGAAUGGUGGAAUAUACGAGCCCGAGUUCCGUCUACCGGUCAUGCUUCCAGCGACAAUUGCCAUGGCAGCGGGUGCCUUUGGGCUGGGUGCUGCGACGCAGUAUGGACUAUCUACUAUGGUAUGCGGAGUAUUUAUGGCAGUUCUAAAUUUUGCCGUGGGUAUGGGAUGUACAGGAAUCGUGGCCUACACAAACGAUGCUUGCCGGCAGCGGGCAGGAGAUUGUUUUGGGCUGGCGAUGGUUACAAAAAGUGCGUUUGCAUUCGGACUAUCAUUCGUUUUUAAUAAUUUUAUUGCAAGGAGUGGGAAAUUGAUUUUCUUUUCGACAUUUGGCGCUGUGAGUGUGGCCGUAAUGCUCACUACUAUUCCGCUAUUCAUUUGGGGCAAGCAGAUCCGAGCAUGGUCGGAUGGGCGGGAUUUGCUUCGACGCAGAAAAUGA